GCUCUCCAUCAUCAAGGGGGCCUCCACGUUUCGAGUCGUCGAUCAUGGGCUGAGUAUUCGUAUACGAUAUGAUCAAAAUCUGAAAAGUGCUCAAAGGGGGGAAAAAAGAAAGGAUCAUCUGGCGGCAUAUGACUUGACUUAAAUACGAUGACUGGCGAUGGGAAAAUGGUUUGCCACGUUUGAAUGCCAGUCUUUCUACUUUUCCGCCUGGUAUUGUUCACUUACAGCCACUAUCAACACUUUAUUGCGAUCAGGGCCUGGGCAGUAGAAGCUUAUUUUGCUGGUGUCUCUCGGCGGACAAUAGAGGCUUGCACUAGCGAGCGGAGAGGCACGGCGGGACAAGCAGCCAAGUGCCAAGUGCUGCAGGGCACAAUGGAACCUCGAGACGCCGAGAAGUACGACCUGGACAGGACCAAUCGCCAAUUUCCAGCCCUGGAAGAUUUAAGGAUGUCUCACUACAAGGGGCAGAAGCAAGCUUGCUUAGGUUGCAACAUGCGGAGAAGAGUUCUAGUACGACGUUAGCUGCUCUCAACGCAACGGUAAGGGCUUGGCGGCGUCGGUAUCCGCAGUACGGAGUACGGAGCACAUUUUCUCAGUCCAUCAGCCGGAACAGAGAACUGGCGUCCGAAUUGGGGCGAAUGGUCUGCUUCGGGAUGCGAGGGACGCGAGGGGCGCG